AUGGAUGUCGACGCGAUUGAGUAUGAACACCAAGAAUUAGAGUGUGAACUCAAUGUUGGAUUAUCUCAACCUGAAGAAAUCAGAAAUCAAGUAAGUGGUAGAAAGCGGAAAAAGACUUCUAGUGUUUGGAAUCAUAUAACUCGGGUUGAUAGUGAAAAUGUCACUUGCAACUAUUGUGGUAAUAAUUAUACGGCUUCUCCAUCUCUCGGGAUAUCGCAUUUAUUACGGCAUCUUAAGCGUUGCACGAAAAAGCCUAAGUUUGAAAAUGUAGUCAAUAUGUUGAUUGACCAUGAGGGGAAGCUGAAGGCAAAGAAGAUAGAUCAGAAAAUUUGGAGGAAAAAGUUUGCUAAACUGAUCAUAUGCCAUGAAUUGUCGUUUGCUUUUGUUGAGUAUGCAUCGUUCAAAGAGUUGAUAUUAUAUGCAAACCCAGAUAUCAAAAUGAUAUGCAGAAACACUGCUUCUAGUGAUGUUGUAAAGCUUUAUGUGGAUGAGAAAGACAAGUUGAAGCUUCGAUUAGCUAAUAUUCAUAGUAGGAUAUGUUUAACUUCUGAUCUUUAG